AUGGAAACAUUCCGCGAGACGGCGCGCGUCGUCACCUCGAAGCCUGUCCAGAGGGCCGUCGUCAACACCGUGCUGCUCGUGUCGGGAGCUGUGACGCUGCUCUGUCUGGCCGCCGUUGCCUCUGUGCUCUUCUUCCAAAACUUUGUGCCCGACCAGUUUAUCACGACGCCGGUCCAUCUACAAUAUGGGCUGAGCUCUCACCCAUACGGCGUUGCGGCGCUCGCCGCCCCAAUGCUAAAGUCGCGGCAAGACUACGACAUCUCCGUCACCCUUUCCAUGCCGCGGUCUCCGCCGAAUGUCGAGCGAGGGAAUUUCAUGGUCAGCCUAUAUCUGUUGGAUGCAAAGGACAGAGCUGCACUGGCUGUGGACGCGCAAAAGUUUGCCAACGACCACGCAGGUUUCGAGCAGAGCAACGUGCUAUUCAGCUCGCGCAGACCAGCUCUGCUCCCGUACAUUGAUCCCGUGGUGUCGCUGGCUUCUCGCAUUCUGUUCCUGCUAUAUCACUUGAUCGUUCCGGCAGCCCAGACUUGCGUCCUCAAAGUGCCGGUGGCGGAACGCGUCGCCUUUCCAGACUCUGCAGUGCCCUCGUGGGCGUACGUGGAGGUCGAGGCGGGGCAGGGGAUCCAGAUUUACAGCGCUUCCCUGACGAUGACUGCGCAGCUCAGCGGCCUUCGAUGGCUCAUGUUCCAUUAUCGUCUUCUGACUUUCAUCACCUUUACGAUGCUGUUCUGGGUGUGCGAGGUCGCGUUCAUGAGCGUUGCUUGGGCUGUUAUAAGUUCUCUUCUGGGCGCGUCGUCUGGCAACAUGGAUCUCAAGGGCCAGAAAGGCCAGCGCCGUUCUACAACGGAAGGCUUUUCAGACUCUGAGGAUUACGGAGAGGACUUUGAAGGGGAUGACGGGUCUGAUUAUCCGCAACAAUUUCCUACCUAUGGGAGCCAGCCCGCUUUGAAGCAUGAACCAGACGUCAAGCCCGAAGAGGAGCAUAAGCAGCCGCUCCACGAGAUUCCAGUUGCUGGUGAGGAGGCUGAUGACGAAGAUGACGAUGGCGGUGAGAAGUCGGCUCUAGAUUCGGGUAUUGGAACGAGUUUCAGCGGAGAGACAAGCGGCAGCGUUCGAAAGAGGUCGUCGCGGUCAAGGCUGGAGUAG